AAGUGGAAGGAAGUUUCUGAGACUGUCUUGUCUUUUACUGUUUCUCGUGGGCUACUAAAUAUUAAAGUAACUGAAACAAUGAAGGUGAUGCAGUCAAUUUAUACAUUCGUGUUCUUUAUAACAUGUCUACAGGUGGCAACAUUUUCAGAGGAUACAACCGAUGAGGUUGAUUACCUUAUAAACCCUGCAAAUGAAGAAUAUGAGGUUGAUAAAGACACAAACCCUGCAAAUAAAACAUUGGUUACAGAUACGGACAGUAACAAUGCUUCAAGGUCCCAAGACAAUUCUGUGUCUAUUGUACACCAAACUUCCAAAGCUACUUCAACAACAACUGCAGCAAAAACAACAAAACUAACAGAACCUACACAGAAUAGUGAAUCAACCACAACUACUUCAAGAACAACUGUAACAAAAACAACACAUAUAUUGAAUGAAUCAACCACAAACAAUUUAUUGUAUACUGUACACCAAACUUCCACAGAUACGGAGAGUAGCAGUGACUCAAGUUUCCAAGCUACUUCAAGAACAACUGUAACAAAAACAACACAUAUAUUGAAUGAAUCAACCACAAACAAUUUAUUGUAUACUGUACACCAAACUUCCACAGUGAUUACAGAUACAGAGAGUAGCGGUGAUUCAAGAUCCCAAGUGAUUAUAUAUACAGAGAGUAGCGGUGAUUCAAGUUCCCAAGUUAAUCACUCUGUAAUCUAUCCAGUUGCAUUUGCACUUGCAUUUGCGGUUGUCUUCAUUCUUGGACUACUUGUACGCUGGAGAAUAAGAUCUUGGAGGAAAGGUUUUGAAGGUGACACAGAUUACGCAUUGGUGCAGCUACCAAAACCAGCUGAUAACGAUGCUGAGAACCAACAGGAACCUGACUAUGCAGUUGUGAUGGAACCAAAACUAUCUGAAAAUGAAAAUCAGGAUAAUAAGGACUCUGACUAUGCCCUUAUCCAGGAACCAAAAGUCGCUGAACAAAAUUGCCCGGCUAAUAUAGACUCGGAUUAUGCAGUUGUGGACCUAAACACAGAUGAAAAAAAAGCACCAGACAGUAAGGACUCUGACUAUUCUCUUGCACAGGCACCAAAAGUUGCUGUCCAAGUAUUUGACGGCAGUAACGACUACGCAGUUGUUCAGAAACCAAAAGCAAAUGAAAAAAAAACUCCGACUCCAAAGGACUCUGACUAUUCCCUUAUCCAGGAACUGGAAGUUUCUGAACAAAAGUCAGAGGACAGCAAAGAUUCCGACUAUGCAGUUGUUCAGAAACCAAAAGUAGACAAGCAAAAAGCUCUGGAUAAUAAGGACUCAGACUAUUCCCUUGUGCAGGCACCAAAAGACGCUGAACAAAAAGCUCCAGAUCAUAAAGACUCAGAUUAUUUCCUCGUGCAGGCACCGAAAGGCACAGAACAGAAGGAAAACUGAAUGAAGAAUUGCACCAGGAAACGGAGUCCCUAGAAGACUGCCUAUAACUAAGAAAGGCUUGAAAACCCAAAGCACUGGGCUACUAUUUCCGUUAUUAUUACUCACAUAUUUGAAUGCAGAUUUUAAGGAUUGUGUUUCUUUCAUUAAUUAUAAUAAGUUUGCAUAUCAUAAAACCAUUUUCAGCUAUUUUAAAAUGGUUAAAAUGUUCUAAUUUAUUACAGUUUGACCUAAGAAUCGUUUAAAAAAAAAAAAAAAAAAAGUUCUUGUAAAUAGAUCUUGUAAUAAAUAUAUUUUUUGAACAUUGCUCAACACUUUUUUGUUUGAUCCUCAAGGACAACCUUUGUAUGCACAUUUUGCAUUUUGUGAGCUUUUGCAGCGUCAGUGCAGAAAACAUGCUGCAUAUUAAAAAUAUACAAACAAAGCGUGUCUUUCAUUUCUUUUUAGAUUUGUUUUUGGUGCUUGUGAAUGAGCUGUUCAUGCAUUGAAGGGGCUAUGGUAGUGGCUACAAACAGCCGUGUUGGUGUUGGUAUAGUGCCGUAUUGUACAUGGGGUUAUGCUGACUGCUGGAACCUGUAUCAGGGGUUUUGAUGGUUAUUAGUGCUGGUAUGCAAACUACUUGUGUAGGGUUUUAAAAAGGGUAUUUGGAGCUCAACCUCAGCAUUGAGGAAGGCUGCUUGAGGU